AUGUGGCCGGGUGGUGCGCGGGAGCUGUUCGGGAUUCACCUCAAGGCCGCAGGGUCAGCAGAUGCAUGGGAUUCACCUUGGGACCGCAUGGUCAAAAGUGGCCCAUUAUUCACCUCAGGACCACAAGCUCAAAAUCUGCUCGGGAUUCACCUCGGGAGCACAUGGUCAGGAAAUGCUCGGCGUUCAUCAGUGUGGGAUGCGCUGCAGUGGUAUCAGUAA